AUGGUAGGACCAGGAUCGGUUGCCGGGAAAGCAAUAUAUAGAUUGGGAAAGAUUACGCUCAAGGGAGUCGAACAAGUCGCCAUAUACCGAAGGUUGUCUACAAUCUCAUCUCAUUUUCCUCAUUGGGACUCCUCAAAUGUGAACGGCAUCGAGCAAAUGUAUAUUGACUUAUUGGAACUAUCGAGACCAGACAUGUACUCGAAAGGAAUUCGCUUUCAGGCAUUAGCGAUGAUCCUCGCGCAGAUUGGAUCCAGGAAUACCAGAUAUCUUUUGAAUGCACUCACUCGCUUUCCGGUGAUCGAAAUCGGCCAUCUUAUUGCGGAUAUAAUAUCCCAUUUUGACCCUAUAUCGUCGUCUCAUCAUGCGGAUGUUGCAAAGGACCCAAUUCUCAAGGCAUAUAUGGAGAGUUCACCUGAACGAGUGGAAAACUCGAUUAUACCUUUCUUGGACUUUCUCUCCCAGAUUGUUACACUUGACGAGGACCGUUGUGAUGUCGUCCUGGCGAAUGGGGUUUUGGACAUGAUGCUUGGACUUUACGUGACCGACUUUCAGGACGUCCUAGCACCUCGAGACUUCCCAAGGUCCGCUAUGAAGUCUUCACUACUAGAAGCUUGUAACUCGCUCUUCAUGACCGUCCUUGUCAAGGGUUAUGGGUCGGAACUGAUCAACAAGCAUGCAGUAUCCAUUCUAUGGCCUUUCCGCCCUGCGCUGGAGUUUGUGACGCAUGAUACUGAGCAUCGUCGGUCAAAGCGCAAAGUAUAUUGGGAUGUGUCGAGUAGGGAUUACAUCCUGUGGAGAGUCCGCACAAUCCAGGAUAUGUUGUUUGACCCUUCCAGUGUUUUCGAUUUGGAUACAUUCCUCGACGCUGUAAUGGACUGCCUGAUCUUUGUGAUGAGUUCUGACGAGGACACUUCACACCGAGGCUUGCGCUGCCUCUAUAUUGCAAUUGCCCGUGGCGGUCACGCUAGUAAACCUAUAAGUGUGGCUACUGCCGUUCAUUUGUAUUUAUCCAAAGGAGAGGAGGGAUUGGAUGUGGCCUCCAUGUUGAAGUGUAUAGCUGAUGUGUUGUUUGGCCUUCUAUCUCCAACCCCUCGCGUCGUCGAGUUAUUCACUUUCGAGAACGAUCCGUCAGACCGUAUUCCCGACGUUCUGAGGGCCUUUAUCGACUUCUUCGCUUCUUUAGCUAGGAAAAGUGAAGAAUACCAUAAACUCAUUACCGAAACCGGGAUCAUUCGGAUCGGCAGAGAAAGGUUGACAAUGCUGGAGAACGCAAACCUGGGUUUUUUCAUAUUCUAG